AUGGUGAUACGGUGGCAGUGGUUCUGGCAAACUAGUUGCCUAUUACUAGCCUUAGCAAUUACGGUGGAUGGUGUUAAAAGAGUUGAUGACGUGUACCAAAACUUCACCCCUAAGCCAAAUGUUGAUGGUGAAUUUGAAUUGCUAAAGGAAAUCUAUCGACAAAAUUUAAUACAAGACUAUGCGGACCAUAGCGUGAAUCGGCGGGAUGAGGUUGAGCAGCUGCUGGAGCAAAGAAUAGAAAAUUUUCUGCGUGAACGAACCGAACGGAAGCAUUCGGAUGGGAAAAGAGUACGACGCGAUGCAAACGAUGCCGAUGCAGCCAUUGAGGCGGACACUGCGGAAGCCCGACAGCUGUAUCUGAAAGGAUUCCGCGAACGAGGCCAAGUGCCCGUUAAUUUCCCGGUCGACAUUUGUCUGCUCCGUGUUGGAAAAUCCAUCUUUGCUGCGGCUCUGCACCAAAGUGAAACCAGCAACCGGACGAUGAACGCAACGGCUGUAUCGUUUUAUCGAAGGGUGAAAGGAAAGUUUGAAAAGUACCACGAACAUCAAACGGUCACCGCGCGCUCUUUCGACUGUGUGUCGAUUGCGCACCUUGGAUUUGUGGCUGUAGUCAACUACCACGAUCAGGAGCUAAACGUGUUCGCGGAAGGAUCGCCCGUGUUUCAAAUACACGAAGAUGGCAAGACGGAAAUUGUGCAAACAUUUGGCCAACCAAACCAACACACGGUCCAUCUGUGGGUGCACGGGAAGCACGUGUAUCUAGCGCACACGUACAUCAAUCUGGACGAUAGCAGAUCGAAUGUGUGUCCACUGUACCGGUGGGCUGGAUACUAUUUCGACGUGGUCGACCAUAUGCCGUGCUACAAUUCCGUACACAUUGAGGCAUUCUCCAUCGAGCAGCAGAUGUUUGUUGCGGUUGCAAAUCAGAUGUCCGCGGUGCAGGGAAAGGAUACGUUUUCGGACAUAUUUCUACUGAAUCCGGACACGCAAAAGCUUGUGCUGCAUCAGCGAAUCUACAUUUACUCCGUGUCGGAUAUAGCGUACUUUUACUUCGAGGCACGCGAGCGCAGGGAACAUUUCCUGAUAACGGGCAACUCAUACGAUGCCGAUGGUGGUAAGGAAGAUUCGGGGGCCAGCUCCGGUGGCAGGCCACACAAUGUAGAACAGAAUUCGAUCGUUUACAAGUUUGUGGAUGGUUACUUCGUGCCUUUCCAAAACUUGGAGCUUACUAGUGUAAAAAUGUUCUUACCAGUUGUGCAUGAAAAUGGAGAAUUCCUGUUGCUAGUUCUCUGCCAUGAUCAGCCGCUGUUGAUUUACGAAUACGACGGUUGGAAGUUUGUCCCGUCGCGUAUUGAUUACACGGGCGAAGCAUUUGCUGCCGGUGUGUCACAUAUGCGCGUGUAUCGGCAUAUUGUAAACGCAAGCGUAAUUGUUAUUGCCAAUAGUAAUUUGUUCGGUAAAUCGAUCAAUCUCUUCACGCCGCAAUACGGUGUGCAGAACGAUUUGCGCCAGGUGUAUGCACACUUCAUUGAAUGGUGUGAAAGAAUGCACGAACAAAUAGCGCAAGUGAAUCUUGGGGAAUUGUACAACCAGCUGAUCAGUUUACCCGAUAACUCACCGGAUGGUGCACGAAUCGUGGCGAAAGAUCUCGAGAUACAGGAUUCAUCCGUUGCAUCGGUUAACACCAAAGCCAUACACACAAAACACCUGCUGGUCGAUGAUGCUCUGCUAUCGUACGUGAUCGAGGUGAACGAGUACGUGCAGCGGGUAAAGGAAAAGAUGGAUCAGGUCGAACAAACCAUCCAUGGCAGUGUGCUCACCAAUGACACCGUGCACUGGAAUGGUGAUCUGGCCGUUGCCGAACUAAUCGCACCGGCCGGACAGAUGCGUCAGCUCGAUGUGAAAGUACUGAACAAUGCUGCUCACAAAACAAGGGACACGGACGUACAGAGCGGUGCUGUGGUCGAGGAUGAUAUAAUCGAGGUCGAUCGCUUGAUAGUGGACCGUAUCGUCGAUGUACAAUUUUUCAACAGCCAUGCGGCUGACAGUUUGCUUCUGGUAGAUGAUCCACCAGCGAAGUGGAAGGAUUUAUCACUGACAGCGAAAAAAGUUGUCGUUGGAGGCAAUCUUUUCGUGAACAAGCUCAUCGAUGGUAUUUUCUUCCAUCCCGGUAAUGUUCUGUUGCCGGAAGUGAAUCAAAUAUUCAGCGCCAAGAAUUUGAUGGUGAAAGAUUUAAGUGUGAACCGAUUGACGAGCAAACGGUUGAACUCUACCGAAACGGUAGCGGUGCAACGUAUGAUGGAUCAAUCGCGCACACUGCUGGCAAAAUCACGUGGCGCAAUGCCGCAAGAGUAUGGCAGUGAUUUUGAAACUAUCGACACGGACGAACUGAAGCUGACCGGUUUGCUAAACGACGUUCAUCCGAGUGUUCUUGUCGAGCAGGUUUUGCACGAACAGGCACCAGAUCAGCAAUUCAGUGGUAAAUUGGUUGUUGAUCAGAUAACGGCACACAAUGUAGAGAUUGUUGAUGCCAAGCUGUCGGGCAUGGAGAUAGGAAACAUUGCACGAACAACCGGUGAGCAGCGGAUUGUACAGGAUCUUCAGUUUGUGCAACCGAUGCUGGUGGACAGUUUGUUCCUGCAGGAUCGUCUUAAUCACAUUCCCGUGAUGGAAGGAAAGCUACAGGUGCUGCAUCUUGCCUCCGACGAGGUGCAAUCCAUCACCGGUACGAAAACGUUCGACUACGUUACGCUUCUGAAACCGAUCGAGCUGCAAGGCAAAAUUAAUGGCGAAAGUUUAAGCAAAAUGAACCCCAUCAUGACGAUCGGCGACGAUCUGGUACUGAACGGUGACUACACAAUCUACGGAAACGUAACGUUCAAUGGGCCACUUUGGGCGCAUAACAUUUUAAGUGCCGGAGGUGUGCAACAUCUGCACCGACUGGCAACGCACGGUUUGCACCUAAACAUGGCGCCUCCUCCCGGUCAGGUGAUUAAAUUUCUGCAGCCCGUGUUUGUGGAACAUCUGCAUGCCGGCAAAAUCAACGAGCUUGAUGUGAACGAUCUGGUGCCCCAAGCCACCGGAGAGGUACAGUACAUCACGGGACGCAAAACGUUUGUAGCGGAGCUCCAGAUUGACGGUGUGGCCGAUGCGAAUGAGAUCAAUAAAGUCGAUCUGAAUCUGCUGAACCGAACGAUCUUACGCCGCACUGGUCCAGAACAAACAAUCGAAGGAACGAUUCAUUUUGACACGAUAAUCGCACCGAUCGUAAAUAGUAAAAAUGUUCUGUUCGAAUCGAAGCGUAUCGACCGUUUGCUUCGAUUGGACGUACCGCAGAAUGUAAGUGCACCGGUGAGGUUUGAAAACUGUACCGUAUACGUUAGCAACUCGGUCGUUGCGCAGGAGAUACAUACAGACAAUAGGUCGACUGUUUAUGGGUACGAUUUGGAGCACCUACUGCAAGACACACAAACAUUCGGGGCAGACGAAACGAAUGUGCCGAGCGUGGAGGGUUUGAAAUCAUUCCGGAAUCUCACCAUUGGCCGAUUGGUUUUGCAUGACCAAGCUACGCUUAAUUUGAUACCGGUGGAGAAUUUGAAACACAUACUAGCAGCUGGUGAUAAUCGCACGAUCAUCAAAAACGAAGCGUACAACUUCCAGAGCGAUAUUACGGUGAAUCAUCUACUUUUCGAAGGAUCCAUCAACGGCGUACCGAAGGAUGCGUUUUGUCGUGCGUGGCUAAUGUAUGGUGGUAAUCAAACGUUCACGGUGGGACAAACGUUCGACCAUAUUGUGACGGAUCAAUUGCUUGUGUCCGGUAAGCUUAACGACAUUACGAUGGAACAGUUGGUGGAAAAUGCUUACCGUACCGAUCGGGAGGAAUACAUCGAACGGGCAGUAUUUCAUCAAGGCAUCGUCACAUACGAACCGUCCACCGUCGGUGGUUUAGUAUCGGGGCUUAAUCUGUCCAGCGACAUCCUGCUCAAACAAUCGCCCGAAAUACAAACACUUGACACAGUGCACGUAGCUGGCGCACUGGAAGCCAAAGGAGAGUUGCACAUUUUGAGCCAACUGAACGGUAUCAAUUUUCCCAAGAUGAUGGAAUUUUUCACCCCAUUGGAAAAAAGCACAGGACAGGAAAGUGCACCGGUCGACAUCGAUGUGCACGGUAACGUAUACUUCGUGCACGAUCCAACCGUCAUCCACCUGAACGGGCACAACGUUCAGAAACUUUACGGCGAAGUGUGGCUUUCUCACCGACCAACGGUGUUAACUGGUCGAUACCAUUUCGAAAGUGUUGAAUUUCAUAAUGCGCUCCAUGCGAAGAACCAACCGAUAAACCACCUACACUGGAAUGAAGUGGACGCACGAUGUCUGAGCGGGAAGAGAGCACAAAAUAUUACAGCACCGAUGGAAUUUCUAGGCGAGGUUACUGUUCGUGCGGGUGCCGUUUUUCAAGACAUUCAUCUGCAAGGAAGGCUAAAAAGCACCGGAAGUUCUCCCGGUAUAAAUGUGGUAGAAUACGAUAAAUAUGCCCUACGCUAUCAUCAACCGCAGGAAAUUAGUGGAAAGUGGCAAUUUCAUGAUGUCGAGAUACACGGAGAAUUUAAUCCGAAAACCCUUAACGGUUACAAUUUGGAAACGGAUUUGCUACGAAGGGAUGUUCCCUUUGGAAACUUCAGCGCUCCAAAACGAUUCCGUGUGUUGCACACAGAGAGUAUUGUUUGUGCCCCACCGUGCGUUAUACAAGGCGUCGAUAUGGAUGAAUGGUACGCGAAUGGGUUACGUGUGCGAGGUAAUCAAACAAUAGAAGGAACGCUUCACAUACAUGAUGGUAUUAUAACUGGAAAUCUGGAAGUGCUCGGAACCGUAAAUGGAAUGCAAUUUGAUGCAGAACAUCUGCUGCUAAAAUCAGCACCGCAAAAUGUGAACGGCACACUGAGACUUGUAACGAAGUUCCCAAAGGAAAACAAAAUAUUCCCUUUGGUGUUUGAAUCGCUGAAUGCGAAAGCUAUUAACGAAAAGGAUGUGGAAAAGUUUAUGAACAAUAUUGCUCUGAUAAGCCAGAAUCCGUUAAACAUUAACAUUCCGGUAACAUUGGUAGAACCCUUGGAGGUGAAUGAAACAGUUCUGGAAGGAGACAUGGUGUUUGGUGUAAACGUUACACAACUGCUGGAAAGCACCUCUUAUCAUAAGGAUAUAAAUCAACUAGCAUCGCAAGUGCGAUCGCUGAACAGUGUUAACGAUAAGCUGGCACAAAGUGUAUUCGAAAACAGUCCAGUAUUUAGUCAUUUCGACAGAAUGAAACCCUUGGCUGUGCAGGCAGUACGAAUGCUUGUACUUACCCUUUCGCUGCAUUCGGAACCCAUGGAUUUGGUUGCGGUUCAUAGCGCCCAAGCCAAUAGACCUUCUGCCAUCGAGUUUUAUCAUUGGAACGACAAAAAAUCGAGUUUAGUACCCGCCAAAGCUUUCCCCUCGAUCGUUGGCCGUGAUCGUACAAUCGUAAACAUGAAGCGACUCUACCUAGGCCCAAAACAGCAUCUUUUCGUUGAGUUCCUGGAGCAUGAAAGCAAGGCUUAUGUGCAGCAAGUUUUGGAUCUCAGUUCCGAAACAUCGGGCAUGUACAAGUUCGUUCCUUUAUACGUGAUGAAUAGCACCCGGUCACGGGAUGUCAUGUGGAUGAAAAUAGUGAAUCUGGACUGUAUCGUGAUGCACACGAAAGGUACGGUGGGCCUUGAGGUUCGUUGUUUGAGAGAGCAUAACCUCGUACAGAUACUGGAUGUACGACAAAUCGUCGACACGGUAGUACCGAUGCAGAUCGUAGCCCUGGAAAAUCAUCUCAUUAUAUUGGACAACAGCGAACGAAUACAGAUUUGGCGUGCAACGGCCAGCUUCUACUUGAAACACCAUCAAACGAUAGCCGUCUCGCAUCCUUCGUACCUCAGCGUGGCGAGGUAUGAGAAUCAAUUACUGCUAGCGAUCAAUUCAGAACACACUCCGAACACGGCACACCACGGAUCCAUCGAAAUAUGGCGCAAAGCUCUGACCGCUAAUGCCACCUUCGUUCAACAUCAGCUUAUACUUACCAAAUUACCAAAACAGUUACAGUUUUCUGUGUUGCCAUCGAAAGAACUGCUACUGUACACGCUCACGGAAAAUUGGUUGCAUCCGUUGGUAGUGUACCGCUAUGAAGGAGUAACAGGAUUCAGGGAAAUUCUUACGACGAAUACCAUUCGUCAAAAGGCAAAAAGAAUAUCUGUGCUAAAGUUGCGAUUGGCACGCAAAGAGAUUAUAGCAAUUGUAGGCCCCGAGUCUACCGACUUUGUAGAGGUUGUGUUUGUCUGA